AUGCUAGCACCCAAUCUCAAGUUUCAAUUCUUCUGUUCUGGUGAUUGGAAAAAAGAAACUUGUGAUAUCUACCGAGACACCUUUGAAAAAGCUUUGCUUCGCUGCCAAGAGAAACUCGGACAGAACUCGUCGAAAAACUCCUUCCAGACUGGGUUAACGAAGCGUCAAGCCAACGGCUUGAUAGCGGUAGAACCACAUAAUGAGUGGUCACAUAAAGACAGUAUUGAGUUCUGGAAGAAGACGUACAAUACCGCUCUUCGCCUCGUAAGGCUUGCACGGGUUUUUCUUCCGGUUCCAGCAAGUGGUGGAGCUGUUGAACGAUUUUUUGAUACAGCGCGACAAGCAUCUUGCGACCUGAAUAUUCCCCACUGCUAUUCUUGUCUGAAUCCGAAGCGGCGUCCGAUAACUGAAGUGUUCCAAAAACAGUUCACUUAUACUUUCACGACGAGAUUCGAGUUUUCUCCGGAUCAAUUAAAACAGUACAAGAUAUUAGUUGCUGCUCCGGAGGAGAGAGAAAUUUUGACCGAAGAGGACUAUAUGUUGUGUCGUGGCCUUCCAAAUGUGGAGGAGGAAUUCUCUGGGAAAUCAGUGAUACUGAAGAGAAAGACGAUUGUGCAG